AUGGUGUGGUGCUCAGUACCUGGAUGUGCAAACUACAAGCAAGCACAGGCUGCUGGAGUAACGUUUCAUCGGUUACCUGUCAGAGAUAUUACUCGUAGCCGAAAGUGGUUGGCGGCAAUAAAGAACGCUGCCUAUGAUGUGAAUACUGCACUGGAGAAAUAUCCAAAUGUCCGUGUUUGUAGCCAGCACUUUCAGCCAGAGGAUUUCGAAACUGACCUGAAGUCUCAAUUGAUGGGGUUGCCAGGUCGUCGAACGUUGAAAAGUGAAGCUAUUCCAUCGAUUUUCCCUUUCACUUCAAAGAGGAAGGCAUCCGAUCAGCCAACAUCAGCGCAGCAGAAAAGAAGUCGAGCUGAGGUAACGCGCAGCUAGUUAAGCUAACUACAGCUAGCGAUUUUUUUUUAAAAAUCUAGCUAAACCAAAAUAUAGCUAGUUUUCAUAACACGCUGGCUAAACAUUCCAAAGCAAACCAACGUAAUUAGCCAGCUGAUACCUGGCGACGUGAUUUGUAACUUUGCAAGCUAACGUAAACUACGUUAGGUUACGGAGUCGCUGUGUAGUCGCGCGUCAGCCAGGCUACUCUACUGCAGGUUUGUCACUACACUAGUUACCACAACCACAAAGUCUAAAUUGGCUAUUUUGUAAACAAAAAUGAGUUUUUUUGGUCUUUAAUUUAAGGUUAGGCAUACGGUUAGCAGUGUGUCUUAACAUCAGAUUUUAAGAAGAUACAUUUGAGAAAUGGGCGGGGUUUAUUAAUAUGUGGCUGUGGUAACUAGGGACGACCAAAUAUUAGUGGACAUGACCCGGAAGUAGAGCGGAAGGGGCGUUUACGUGGGGCUAGCCCGAAAACUCGCUCGCCUAGCAGUUACGAACAACGCGUUGAGUAGUUCAACCUGUAAUCUCAGAAUUUCUCUACACUAUAUUUUUGUGUCAUAAUGCCCGUGUGGUGUUCUGUGCCUUACUGUGCUAAUUACAAACAAGCGCAAAAAGAAGGAGUGAUCUUUCACCGUUUACCUACCGGAGAUAUACCCCGAUGCCGCCAGUGGCUCGCGGCUAUCAAGAAUAAUGUUUACGAUGUCAACACACCAGUGGCCAAGUAUCAAAACAUCCGGGUAUGUAGUCAGCAUUUUCGGCCAGAAGAUUAUUUGAGGGAUUAUCAAUCUGAAUUGAUGGGGAAACCAAAUCGACGGAAGCUAAAACGUGAUGCGAUACCAUCGGUUUUUACCUUUACAACAAAACGGAAGACAUCCGAUCAACCAACACCAGCGCAGAAGAAAAGAUCUCGAUUAGAGGUAACCUAGCCUAUUUUUUUUUUAUUUUUUAUUUCACCUUUAUUUAACCAGUUAAGCCAGUUGAGAACAAGUUCUCAUUUACAACUGCGACCUGGCCAAGAUAAAGCAAAGCAGUGCGAUAAAAACAACAACAACACAGAAUUACAUAUGGAAUAAACAAAAACAUACAGUCAAUAACACAAUAGAAAUUAUAGAACAUCUAUAUACAGUGUGUGCAAAUGUAGUAAGUUAUGGAGGUAAGGCAAUAAAUAGGCCAUAGUGCAAAAUAAUUACAAUUUAGUAUUAACACGAGUGAUAGAUGUGCAGAAGAUGAUGUGCAAAUAGAGAUACUGGGGUGCAAAUGAGCAAAAUAAAUAACAAUAUAGGGAUGAGGUAGUUGGGUGGGCUAAUUACAGAUGGGCUGUGUACAGGUGCAGUGAUCAGUAAGCUGCUCUGACAACUGAUGCUUAGUUAGUGAGGGAGAUAAGAGUCUCCAGCUUCAGAGAUUUUUGCAGUUCGUUCAGUCAUUGGCAGCAGAGAACUGGAAGGAAUGGCGGCCAAAGGAGGUGUUGGCUUUGGGGAUGACCAGUGAGAUAUACCUGCUGGAGCGCAUACUACGGGUGGGUGUUGCUAUGGUGACCAAUGAGCUAAGAUAAGGCGGGGAUUUGCCUAGCAGUGAUUUAUAGAUGGAGCCAGUGGGUUGGCGAAUAUGUAGUGAGGGCCAGCCAACGAGAGCGUACAGGUCACAAUGGUGGGUAGUAUAUGGGGCUUUGGUGACAAAACGGAUGGCACUGUGAUAGACUACAUCCAAUUUGCUGAGUAGAGUGUUGGAGGCUAUUUUGUAAAUGACAUCGCCGAAGUCAAGGAUCGGUAGGAUAGUCCGUUUUACGAGGGCAUGUUUGGCAGCAUGAGUGAAGGAGGCUUUGUUGCGAAAUAGGAAACCGAUUCUAGAUUUAACUUUUGAUUGGAGAUUCUUAAUGGGAGUCUGGAAGGAGAGUUUACAGUCUAACCAGACACCUAGGUAUUUGUAGUUGUCCACAUAUUCUAAGUCAGACCCGCCGAGAGUAGUGAUUCUAGGCGGGCGGGCGGGUGCAAGCAGCGUUCGAUUGAAGAGCAUGCAUUUAGUUUUACUAGCAUUUAAGAGUAAUUGGGGGCUACGGAAGGAGUGUUGUAUGGCAUUGAAGCUCGUUUGGAGGUUUGUUAACACAGUGUCCAAUGAAGGGCCAGAAGUAUACAAAAUGGUGUCGUCUGCGUAGAGGUGGAUCUGAGAGUCACCUGCAGCAAGAGCGACAUCAUUUAUAUACACAGAGAAUAGAGUCGGCCCGAGAAUUGAACCCUGUGGCACCCCCAUAGAGACUGCCAGAGGUCCAGACAACAGGCCCUCCGAUUUGACACAUUGAACUCUAUCUGAGAAGUAGUUGGUGAACCAGGCGAGGCAGUCAUUUGAGAAACCAAGGCUAUUUAGUCUGCCAAUAAGAAUGCAGUGAUUGACAGAGUCGAAAGCCUUGGCCAGGUCGAUGAAGACUGCCGCGCAUUCGAAAUGGUCGGUGAUCUGUUUGUUAACUUGGCUUUCAAAUACUUUCCUAGACUAAAUUAGCUAGUUACAGCUAACACUGUAGUCCUGUAUUUAAUGUCCCGGCCAAAUCAACUGAAAUCAACUCAGUUUGCUGAAGUUUGUAUAUUUUCCACCCUCUCUGCUCCAACCUUGCUGAUCAGAAAUUGUAAUCUUGUUGUCUCCCGAGAGUCAGACGUGACUUCAGAAUGUCAACAAAUUAACCAAGAUGGCGGCGCCCUUGCCUCGCAUGCGAUAGGAUUCUAGCUAGCUAAAAUGUGUCCCUAAUUCAUAAAACGUAAGCUGUAAUUACAUAGAUUUAGUUGAGUUACAAAUAGGUAUUUACUAUUUUCAUUUUUUGUCAGUUUGCGAGAGUUUUGGAACCAUGGUUGGCUGGUGGUGUACUGUUCCCAGUUGUAAAAAAUAUAAACAGGCCCUGGCAAAGGGGGUGAUUUUUCAUAGGAUGUCCCUUGCUAGAGAUAUAAAUAUUGUAAACGUUUUAUUUUUAUUUUUAUGGGGUGCAAGCAAUGGUUAGCAGCAAUUAACGUAAAAUACCCCAUGGAUAAACCAAUAUCAAAAUAUGGUGGUAUUUGCGUUUGUAGUCGGCAGAGGAUUAUGUAA